GUUCUGACUGGAGCUCCCAGUAGCCAAUCAGCAGCCUGCCCCUUCUGCGCUGUCAUCAGGGGCUGUGAUUUGAGGAAAGCUCCACUCUCCUGCACUGAGUGUGUGUAUGUGUGUGUGUAUAUGUGUGUGAGUGUGUGGAAGGCUGAUAAAAUGCCAGGUCUCCGCUGCCUCUGGGGAGAGCCUCAUUGCCAUAUGAUUUGAAGAGAACCAGGAUCGAUGCUCGUGAGAACGUAUCUGUGAAAGGGGAUUGUCUCUUUCUGGCAUCUUUUGCUUUUGGUGGUUUGGAGGUUCAGUUUUUUGCUUGGAAGUCCAACAUCAUUGGUUUUUAGUCUUCUGUAUUAGUCUUAGUUCAUCAGGAAGCACUUCUUGGAAUAUCGUACCUCCAUGUAUGACAAUUUGUACCUGCAUGGCUUUGAAGACUCGGAGGCGGGUUCAGCUGAUUCCUACACUAGCAGACCGUCUGACUCAGAUGUGUCUCUGGAGGAGGAGCAGGUCGGCCGGCCGGAGCGGGAGCAGCAGGCCACUGUGCAACUCGAGAGGGCAAAGGCUAAAGCAGUGGCCUUCGCCGUGAAGACCAACGUAAGCUACUGUGGUGCUCUGGACGAAGAUGUUCCUGUGGCUGGAACUGCCAUUUCCUUUGAUGCUAAAGACUUUCUUCACAUCAAAGAGAAAUACAACAAUGACUGGUGGAUAGGACGACUGGUGAAAGAGGGCUGUGACAUUGGUUUCAUUCCCAGCCCUUUAAAACUGGAGAACAUUCGUCUUCAGCAGGAGCAGAAGAGGGGUCGCUUCCAUGGAAAGUCCAGUGGAAACUCCUCCUCCAGUCUGGGAGAGAUGGUGUCUGGCACCUUCAAACCCAACCAACCUUCUGCUGCUAAACAGAAGCAGAAAGUGGCUGAGCACGUCCCUCCGUAUGAUGUGGUCCCCUCCAUGAGGCCGGUGGUUCUGGUUGGACCUUCUUUAAAGGGAUAUGAGGUGACCGAUAUGAUGCAGAAAGCUCUCUUUGACUUCCUGAAGCACAGGUUUGAUGGCAGGAUAUCCAUUACAAGAGUGACGGCAGACAUCUCUCUAGCAAAAAGAUCAGUGCUGAACAACCCCAGUAAGAGAGCCAUCAUUGAAAGAUCCAACACCAGGUCAAAUCUGGCUGAAGUCCAAAGUGAGAUAGAGAGGAUCUUUGAGCUGGCCAGAUCACUUCAGUUGGUUGUGCUGGAUGCUGACACGAUCAACCAUCCAGCUCAGCUCACAAAGACCUCACUAGCACCUAUUAUCGUCCACGUCAAAGUCUCUUCUCCAAAGGUUUUGCAGCGGUUGAUCAAAUCACGUGGAAAGUCACAGAGCAAGCACCUGAAUGUACAGUUGGUGGCCGCAGACAAAUUGGCACAGUGUCCUCCAGAAAUGUUUGACAUAAUUUUGGAUGAGAACCAGCUGGAGGAUGCGUGUGAACACCUAGCUGAGUACCUGGAAGCCUAUUGGAGGGCGACACACACGUCUCUGAGCACUCCACUUAACCCUCUGCUGGGACGCAAUCUGGGGUCCACCGCCCUCACCCCUUACCCCACAGCCAUCACUGCUCUGCAGGGCCAGAAGAACAGAAACAGCAAUCAUGCCACUGACCACUCUCAAAAUGAGAAGCGCAGUUUGAUGACCUCGGAUGAAAACUACCACAACAAUGAGCGCCAGCGAAAGAACCGCAACCGGCUGUCCUCCACGUCCCAGCAGAGCCGGGACCACUAUCCACUGGUGGAAGAAGACUACCACGACCCCUAUCAGGACACGUACAAACCCCACCGCAACCGUGGCUCUCCAGGGGGCUACAGCAACGACUCGCGCCACAGGCUCUGAGUCUAGCACCCUCCAUAUCUCUACAGCCACAGCUCUGGUGUUUUGUGUUCAGUCCUUUUUCUGAAGUGUAAUACCUUGUAUUCCCUCUGGCACUGGUUCUCACCAAUGGGCUGUGGAUCUUCUGCAUAGAUCUGGGCACCAUUGCCUUUCGUAAUGAUGCUAUUUUUCCAUUUAAAAAAGAUAUUACAACUGAUAGAGGGAAAUUAUGGUACUGAAAUAUUGUGCAGAUUAGGGGCUGAUUAUAGUGUGUGUACAAGUCCAGGUUCAGGUCCAGGUCAAAUGGUCCUCUAGCUCUUCUUGGGUCUUGUUCUCUGUAUGUUUGCAGGUCUAGCUGUUGAGAGCCGCUUGUUGGAGCUCUGAACCAGUGCCAGCAUGCAGAAAUGCCACAGCGCCAAGAGCCUCCAACAAACGCAGAGCCUUCGUUUUGCACGUUUCCGGUAAAGAGCAGAGUGUAACGUUUCAGAGCGACCCAUUGGUACGAUGAUGCUUUUGUCCAUAUGACAUAUGAGAUUUGAAGGUACUCAGGUACAGAACAGAUCACAUGUGCCAAAAUGAUGAGUAACGUUUGCUCUGACCUCAAAUCCCCCCCCCCAUCCUCUAUAAUCCCUGUCCACUACUCAGAGUAGCAUUGUGCAAUUCCUGAAGAACUGUCAAAAAGCUGCAUUCUCUGCAUUCACUGGCUUAUUAUUAUUAUUAUUAUUAUUAUUUUUGUAUUUAAUUUCUACAAAUCUCUCUAUGGAAAAUAUGUCGUAACAACGUUGAAUGCUCGUUCUGUUCUCACGUUCUGUAUUUCUAGUGUGUAAAUCAGAGUUUCGAAUAUUACAUGGUUGUUUUACUUAUUCUGAGACUUGGCAGUAAAACUAUUAGCAGGUUUAUUCAGUAGCACAUGCUACUUUUGUGAAUGGGGACAGGUUAACCAGGCGAAUCCGUAGUUCCAGAGUGUCCUUCAGACCCAGUUUGGGUUUACAGAUGCUUAUUUUCGAAUGAUCUACUAUGUUUGUAGCAGACAAAUGCUAUUGCUCUAUUAACUACACUCUUAAAAAUAAGGAUGCUACAAAAGUUUUUUUUUUUUUUUUAAUAAUGACAUUUUCGGUUCCAUAAAGAACUACUUUUGUAAAAAAUGUGCGAGUGUGUGUGAAGAGCUCCUUUAUUUUUAAUAGUAUACAAUAUGCCCUAUAUAGUACAGGGGUUUUGUUAUUACAAAAUACACUAACAUGCCAAAAGUCAUGGGAUAGCAGUGGUAGUAUAUAAAUGGAUCAUGAAGAGUUACCUCAGGGGGUGACUGUUGAGUGCCCACGUCUGCAUUGUAAAGCGUUGUGAAGCGUUCUAAUGUGAGUAGGCUCGAUAGUGUUUUGCCAGAUGGUGGUAAUAUGUCAUUUCUAAAAUUGUGUCACAGUAGUGUACCUACAUUACCGUCACUUGUCACUAACGUCGCCUAGAUUACCUUCACCAUCACCCACUGUGGAGAGAGAGAGGAGUGGGUGGUAAUAGUAAUACAUACAUAUCAUAGGAUACAAUACUAGCUCCUGUCCCAUGACAUAUGGCAUGUCAGUAUCUGUACCACUAAAGAGUUGUGGUAUUGUUACUUUAUGUAAUAUAAAAAUGCUGCUCUCAAAACAUUCAAGUCAUUAUGCUCCAGAAAUCACUGAUGUUUGAUAAAUGUUAGAUAACACUUUGUGAUGCUGUAUGUACAGUACCGGUUUGGACAGACCCCUCCUCAUACAAUGUUUUUUAUUGUAUUAUUUUUUUUUCUAUUAUAGAUUAAUAUUGAAGACAUCAAAAGUAUGAAGGGUAUGAAGUGUUUGUCAGAUGAUUGAUUGUGGAGGCCCAACACUGUCUAUGUAAUUCCAUAAGAAAGAAAAAAACAUUGAGUGAGAGGGUGUGUCCCAAUGUACUGUACAUUUUACAUAACGGAAAGUGAAGAUAUAGUUUUAAAUGUGAUUUUGCUGUACCUAUUUUUGAUAGAACAAAACCCCACUGGUACGUUUGUUGACAUUAAAUACGGAUUGUGUGUAGAUUAAUGUAGACAAUAACUUUUUUUUUUUUUUCACACACAAAAAAGGUUGUACAGUUAAUAAAUAAAUCUCUUGUUAUAUUAAUAUAGCACAUUCUUUAAUGUGAUUGCACUUUGGGAUUAGCUUGAAUAGUCAUUUUGGUGGAAACCCAGCAAACCUAGAUUGGGCAUUAAAACGUUUAUCUGCAAAAACAUUGUUAGCUAGUAUAUGAGGACUUUUAAGGGAGCAAUAAGUAGAUUUGUACCAAAUAUUAAAAGCAUUAAGCAUCAUAUAUUAAUCUGUCAGCUCUGAUGUUGUAUACUAUCUAUAAGUACCUUCGAUGAAAUGAACGUGGGCCAUUAUUCACUUUACCUGGCAUUGGUUUUAAUGUUAUGGCUGAUUCGGUGUAUAUUAGAAAUUUAAUUAAAUCUCAGUGUAGAAAAAUGUCAUGACAAAUAUGCCUAAAAUAGCAGGCUGCAUUAAUAUGACUCUUCCAGAUGCACUGCAAUAUACAGUACUUUGCAAAGGUUUUAAGGUUUUGAUCUCUGAAAUGAGCAGAAAUUAAUUAGAAUGUCUUCUGGGCAAUAAAUAUCUAAAUAUGUUUUUUUGCUCAGUAAAACAGUAAUAUUAGGAAUAACAUGAAUAACCUUCUUAUACAAGGUAAACGUACCAUUUCUACUGUCCUUUUAAUGAAAUUCAGUUAUUUAUAGUUAUAUUCCAACACCUUUUUUCUGGAAAUAAUUAAUUUUGUGUAAUAUUGCGUAAUGAUGUUGAAUCAGAUGAGCUUGUAAUAAACACAGUCACUGGAGUAGUUCUUCAAAGUUGUUCUUAAAACUCGCUUGAUAAUGUUUUAUUGCAUUUAUGUUUAUUUGUAUCUCUUCUAAUGUGGUUAAUCAUUUUAGUACCAAAAACACCAUUAUUGCUGGGAUAACUCUUCAUAAAUAUUAGUUAAUGUCCUUAACAGUGCCUAAAACCUGUUAAUAUUUCUGUAUCCGCCACAAAUGAUAAGGAUUUCUGUUCUUUUAAAACAAACAUUUAAAAUAAACACAUCCAGAAUAAUGUAGUUUAGUAAAUAGUGCACUCAUUAACUUAAAAACUCUUUUUUUUUUGUAUUUCAAGUUGCAGUCAGAUGCUCAGUACCCUUUGAUUUAAUACAUUUACAAGUCAUGGUGCUAUAUUAUGUGCAGUACUCUUGUGUUAUGCCUUUAUUUUGCCAGUUUUAAUGAAACAUGUUUAAUCCUAUGGCAGAAAUCCUUAUAUGGAAUGAAAACAAUGAAAUGUGCUAAACACAAAUUUACAAAUUGAUUUAUUAAGAGAAAAUAUUAAUUCAAAGUUUUUUUUGUUUUGUUUUUCUUAAAAAUAAGUUGAUUUGUAGUUGUGUAUCUGUUAUGUAUUGUUGGUAUUGCUCAGGGUCCUUGUCAGUCCUUGUUUACACCUGGUCACCUGCAUGCAUAUGAUCUUGGUCUUAAUCUGGAUUACAGUAUAUCUGGAUAAGGCCAAACAACAUAAUGAGGCAUACAAGUGUAAAACAUUCAAAAUGCAUACAAAUCCAAUCACUAAAACCAGUAUAAUUACCAAAUGUAAAUGCUUAUGGUUAAAAUCUUAUUAGGACACAAUCCAGAUACUAACCACAUGAAUUGACCAGGUGUAAACAGGAUCUGUUUUGCUAUUUAUCUAUUUUAAGCUUGUAACAUAUUAUAUGUACAUUUACGGAAUUUAGCUGAUGCUCUUAUCCAGAAUAAUACAGAGUUGGGCCAAUGUAUUGUUAGGAGUCUUGCCCAUGGACUCUAAUUGGUGUAGAGCAGCAUCCAGUAACCCAGACUGGGAAUUGAACCCCAGUCUCCCACAUGAUGUGGUAGCUCACUGGCAGGGGGUGGUGUUAUCCACUGCACCACAUCAACCACAUUCAUCAUUCUAGAACAUAUUUUAGCAAACAUUUCAGGUCCCUAGGUUUGACUUCAGUUACUUAUUUUUUUAGUGUUUAAAAACUAUGACAUAUGUUAUUGCUUUUUGGCUUAUGUUUUACAUUUUAUCACAUUUUUGUUGGACAACUAUGCCUUAAAUCUGUCAUUAUUUGCUUAAUCUUCUUGUGUGAUUUCUGGUUUAACAGUGAUUUAUGUCUUCAUUGCUGAGUCUAAAUAGUAUAAGUAAACCUACUCUUCCACCUACAGUCUUUAUAGCAUUUAGGUUAGAAUGAUAAGUCACGUGAUACUGAGAGAUAAUCUCCCUCGAGAUUCUAUAAUAAAUAAAAUAAAAUUACUUAUUUAUUUUGUAUUCUCUUGCCGCUGCUGCUUUACUCUGGCGUCUCCCCCUUUGCAGGUGGGAGGGGGCUUAUUUUUCUUGUAGGUCACAGUUCAUGCACAUUCAUGAGAGACGGCUGGUUAGUAAUAAAAAAUGGAUGACUAUGUAAUCUAGAAUAAAUGACAACCAUUUACUAUGCAAACGUGUACAGUGCUGCAUGCUAACGCUUUACCUUCCUCUGCAACCUCGCGGCUUCUUUGGAGUUUAGUUAAAAUCGUGGUUUUCUUUCUGAGAGUGAUGCAAAACUGCAUGCAUUCUGUUCCUUUUUAAUGAGUCAGACUAAAGAAAGAUGAGCUGGGGAGGAUGGGGGAUAUCUGUGUACAGAAACAAAUGAAUCAAGCUAUGUUUGUUAAUGUUUUCUUUUGUAAAAUAAAUUUGAUCCUAAAAGAA